UCCAAAAAAAGUGAAACAUGGAACGGCAACAAGUUACUCUGCUACAGAUCCUUAUAUCCUUAUCAUUGCACCUUAUAAGCCUUUCAUUCGCAUUGAAUCACUUUUUUAUUCCUGAAAGCGAUGAGCUGUUUAGUGAGUGCCCCAACAAGCCAGGAGUUUCUUUCGUGGAUAAGAUGGCGGAUCUUUCCCUAUUGAGUCUUAAAAAAGAUGUAGAUGGUGCAGUGAAUAUAUCGGGAAACAUUACCAUGAAAUGGGAUGUUGAACAUUUAAAUCGCGUCGCGGUUGAAGUGAGCGUACACAAGUUUGAAGGAGGAACUUGGAAGCCAACUGUUUUCAAGGGGGGUGAUACUGACUUCUGCAAUUCCUUUUUUGAGAAGAACACUAUUUAUUAUCCCUACUCGACCAAACACGUAAUCAACAAGCAGCAAAUUAAGGACAAAUGCAUUACAACUCCAGAAACCGUCCUAGUCCUGGAACCCUAUAUCCUGAAAAUAUUAAUUAAUUACGCAGUGCCUCUAACUCCGGGACGUCACAAGGCUGUCAUUUUGUUUUCUGCAUUCGAAAAAUCUGGAGUUAAGCUUGAAAGGGACAUAUGCUUGGAAAUUGUUGGCGAUAUAGUGAAUAUCUGAGAGCAAUUAUUCAUUUUACUUUUAUUAAAGCUUACUCCGUAUUAAUAUUAACGAGAUGUAUUCAAAUAUUUUAUUCAACAUAAUAAAGCUAAAAACGAUUUUUUAGUUGUUACAUGUACUGAACAUGGAACUAAAUUGUUUGCGAUCAGUACUUGUUAUGAUAGUACUUUUAAAAUCAGAGACCAAAAUAUUUUAUUUUUAUAAUUAAACAAAGACAAAUGAAAUAGACACAAUCGAAUUAUCAUCUUGGACUUUGCGCUUCACAUUAAAAACCGUUGAGAAUAUUAGAAUUAAGCUUAGCACGUUAAAAAUUGUAUUUCAUAGGUGGUUG